CUCGCUACGGUUCCUACGAACAAUGAGAAAUCGAUUUGUGUUGGAGUUUUAGCUCUUCAAGGUGCCUUUCUUGAACACAUACAUUUACUUCAACGUAUUCCACAAGUAUCUCGAGCAGUUCCUGUACGUAAUAUUGAACAACUUAAUUCUGUUGACGCUUUGAUAAUACCUGGUGGUGAAUCUACUGCUAUUGCUCUAGUGGCUGAACGUUCAGGUUUAAUUGAACCUUUGCGCGAAUUUGUACGCUCGAAACCUACAUGGGGAACUUGUGCAGGGAUGAUCUUAUUGGCUAAUAAGGCCAAUAAAACUAAAAAAGGAGGUCAAAGCUUAAUAGGCGGAUUGGAUAUAACUAUAAACUCAUUCGAAUCUGCUAUCCAAAUUAAACAAAUCACUACCUCAUCCAAUGAUCUUUUUCCGGCGGUAUUCAUUCGUGCUCCAAUAAUUUCAUCCAUUAAUUCUCCUGAUGUAGAAGUCCUGGCUCGACUGCAGUGUAAUAGUGAAGAAAUUGAUGUAUCUGCAAUUGUAGCUGUCAAGCAGGGUCAUCUAUUGGCAACAGCUUUUCAUCCUGAAUUGACCAAUGAUGAUCGAUUACAUGGAUUUUUUGUAAAUGUUGCAAUUGAUUUUUUGAAUGAAAAAAAGUGA